GCCCCCAGCGCCCCCCGCCCGGGAACCCGGUGCCGUGACCCGGGACUUCCAGGAGGGGAAGGAAGGAAGUUAUGGCUGCUGGGGGAGGAGAGGAGCUCAUAGUUCCCCUGUCCCCACAAUCACACGAACUGGAGAAGGAAUUUUAUGGUGUUACCCUGAGGAGAAAGGAGACGGUUAUUCAAAACAUUUUGGGGUUUGUUUUUUCUCUUACCUCGUUCUUAAUUUUUGGACAGUGUUUGACUGCCCACCUCUCCUCGGCUGUAGUCCCGGUAUUUAUCCCUCCACCACAGCAGCCAUGACCGUCACCACAGCCCCUGUGCUCUUCACUUCCCACUUUUGUUUUUUUUUUAAAUAUCUGUUAUAGUUAAAUACUUGCAAAAGACUUCGUUCCACUGCUGAGCUCUUUCCUAGGUCGUCCCUAGUAAUUGGGAGCAGGAAUGAAUAGUGUCCACUCUGGUUAUGUAUAAAUUCUACCCCAGGUGUGACUCCAGGCACAGGUGACUCUCACCAGUUGCUCUCUCACCCUCUCAGCAGGAAUGGCCCUGGCAUCUCACACCCUGUGUUUCCUUUUGCUGCUGCUGCUGGGACCAGCCUGGAAGCCUGUGGGCUAUCAUCAUUCUCUUCACUUCAACCUCACUGUCACAUCUCACUCCCCACCUGGGCAGCCCUGGGGUGCAGCCCAGGGCUCAGUGGAUGGAAGCCCUUUCCUUCAGUACGACUGUGACAGCCACAAGGUCACGCCUCUGGGUCCCCUGGGGGAGAAGGUAAAGGCCACCGAGACAUGGACAGACUUGACCCAGACACAGAGAGAAGUGGGGAGAGAGCUCAGGAUGAUCCUGCUUGACAUCACACUGGAGAAAAACAGGAUGAGUGGUCCCCUCAUCCUGCAGGCCAAGCUGUCUUGUCAGCGUGAAGCACAUGAGGCCCUGGUGUCCUGGGAGUUCAGCAUCCAUGGACAGAGGGCCCUCCUCUUUGACAUGAUGAGCAGGAUGUGGUCGGCCAUUGGCCCUGGAGCCAGCGGGGUCAGGGAGGAGUGGGAGAACAACCAGCAGCUGACAGAGUAUUUGAGGAAGAUCUCCAGGGGAGACUGCAGUCACUGGCUUCGGGAAUUCCUACCACACUGGGAGGAUAUGCUGGAGCCCACAGGGCCUUACAGUUGCUAAGUAUGUGGAAUUUAAGAGAAGUUCAUUCCCAGAGUUGGAGGAAGAAGGAAGAGCCCAAAAGUGCUAUCAAGACCCAGCUGCUUGGGCCUCCCUGGUGGCGCAGCGGUUGAGUGCUGGGUUGCGAAGCCACCCGCAGCCUCUGCAGCGCCGGUUCAAUCCCCGCCUGCUCCCCGGCCACCGGAGGAGGGUCCCACAUGGCGCGCAGACCUCUCCUGCCUCUCCUGCGCAGACCUCUCCUGCUGCUCCCCUCAGCAGUGUCCUUCGGUCCUUCUGCCUGCUCUGCUCCCUGCUCUGGUUCUGGUGAAUUCUCUCACCCUCCUGCGCUUCUGACUGUACCCAGUGCUUGUA